AUGGAAAAAGAUAAAUUAAUAAAUGAAAUAUACACAAAUAAUGAUGAUAAUAAGAAGAAGGAAGAAAUAAACAAAAUUUUUAAGAAUAUAAAGGAUAGUGAUAAUACCAAAGAUAAAUUUAUGAACAUUUUAAAAUUAACAAAACAUAUAAAUGAUUUAAAAGAAGGUGAUAAAAUUAAUGUUUUAAAAUCUAUCGACGUUGAAUUUCUUUGUUUAUUAUUACGUUCACAAAAUGAAUUUAAAUUAUUUACCUUACGUUUAAUUAAUAGUCUGAUAGGUAGUUCAACAUAUGUUUAUUUAAAAGCCUGUUUCCCUUUUAUCAAUUCAAUUAUCGUUUCUUAUUCUUGCUAUGUUAAAAAUUGGAAUAACCGAUUAAAAGACGAUGCGCAGAAAUUCAAUAAAGAAAAUAAGAAGGGUAUGAAUAAAAAUGUUCCUGUUGAAAAUAAUUGGGUAAAAAAGGAAAAGGCUUUACCUAUUUAUGAUAAUAAGUAUAACAAAUAUGAAGAUGAUGAUAUAUAUGAAGAUGACGAUAAAUAUGAAGAUGACGAUAAAUAUAAAGAUUAUGAUAAAUAUAUAGAUGACGAUAAAUAUGAAGAUUAUGAUAAAUAUAUAGAUGACGAUUAUUACAAAUUAAGCGACCAGGAUGAGUUAAGAGAUAUAAAUAUAAUAUACAACGAAUGUAUUACCUUCUUCUUAAAAACGCAUCAAUUUUUAAAGGAAGAAGAAAUUAUUAAUAACUUUUAUUUCAAUUCUGAAAAUAACGAUUUAGAUGUUGAUGUGGAAAUGUAUUUUUUUAACAAAAGAUUAAAAAAAAAAUACAGUGAAGAAAAAGAAAAUGUGAUAAAUAAUGAAAAGGAUGUUGAAGAAAAUAAUUUUUUUGUUAAUAAAAAAAAAGUAAAUCAUGAUACAAAAAAUAAGUAUCCUUUAAAAGAUAUCAAUAAUACAAAUACAAAAAGAUAUUUUGAUAAUGAAGAAAAUUCUUCAAAUAAUAUUUGUGAUGAUAACACAUCCAAUUCUGAUUUAUCGUUAUUAGAUGAUGAUGAUAAUUAUAAGGAACAAAAUUUUUAUUUUUGCGAUGAAAAAAUUUGCUUGAUUGAUUUAAUUUUUACCAUAUUAAAAGAAAAUAUUAAUUUGAAGGAACUCUUAAAUAAAAAAAAACAAAAGAAAGGGGAAAACAAUGAUAAAAAUGUGGAAAAUGUAAAUAAUGUGGAAAGUGUAAAUAAUGUGGAAAGUGUAAAUAAUGUGGAAAGUGUAAAUAAUGUGGAAAGUGUAAAUAAUGUGGAAAGUGUAAAUAAUGUGGAAAGUGUAAAUAAUGUGGAAAGUGUAAAUAAUGUGGAAAGUGUAAAUAAUGUGGAAAGUGUAAAUAAUGUGGAAAGUGUAAAUAAUGUGGAAAGUGUAAAUAAUGUGGAAAGUGUAAAUAAUGUGGAAAGUGUAAAUAAUGUGGAAAGUGUAAAUAAUGUGGAAAGUGUAAAUAAUGUGGAAAGUGUAAAUAAUGUGGAAAGUGUAAAUAAUGUGGAAAGUGUAAAUAAUGUGGAAAGUGUAAAUAAUGUGGAAAAUAUAAAUAAUGUGGAAAAUGUAAAUAAUGUGGAAAAUAUAAAUAAUGUGAACAAUAUAAACAGUGUGUAUAAAGAAAAAAAUACUGCUAUGUAUAAAAAAAAGUGUAUAGAUAUAGCCAAAUAUAAUAUGAUCCUAUUAAAUGAACAAUGUAUUUAUAUUUCUCUACAUUUUUUGAAUAAUAUAAUUUUGAAAUUAAAUUAUAAUACGUAUGUAAAAGAAUAUUUCCUUAUAUUAAAUAGAUUAGUAGAAAAUUAUAAUGAACCUAAAUUAAGAAUUACUCUUAUGAAUUGCUUAACUAAUUUAAAUAUAUAUAUAAAAAACAGAAAUAUUGAAAAUAUAUUGGAUGAAAAAAAUAUAUAUAAAUUUUAUGCAAAUAUAAUAUAUUAUUUUUCCGAAAUAAAAGAUGAGAAAGAGAAAGAAGUUUUAUAUACAUUAUAUUUUACCAUAUAUUCAUGUUUACAUUUUGUAUAUGUUAAUUAUGAUUCAAUAGAUAUUUUGAAAACCCCUUUAUCUUAUAUGAGUGUUGAAUUAUAUUUAUUUUUUGAAGAUGUUAUGAAAUAUGUAAGCAAAAAGGAAUUUAAGAAUUACAUUUUUUCUAACAAAUAUUUUAAACAAAUGAUUCAUAUGAUAUGUACAAAUGUAGGAAAUAUCCUAGAUUUUUUAAGUGAACAUUAUACAUGGUAUUAUGAAAUGGAUGAUAUAAAAAAUGAUGAUAAAGGAAAAGAUAUAUCUUCAUAUAUAGUAGAAAAUACAAAUAUUAUGAUAGAAAAAAAGAAAUUAAUAAAAAAUGAAAAUACAAAACAAAAUAUAAAUAAUAAAAGUAAUAACAAUAUAUUUAUUAAUACAACAGAUAAAAUAUCUAAAAGUAGAGUAAUACAACUUGACUUAAAUAAUAUGUAUGUUGUAAUUUCAAAAAUAAAAAAAAUCAUGGAUAUUUUAUUAGAAUUUUUUAAAGAUAUAAAAAAUAUAUUUAAUUUAGAAAAUGAAGAAAAAAAAAAUGAUUUACUAAAAUUUAAAAAAGAAUUUAAUGAAGAAAUAAAUGGACUUAUUAAAUUAUUUUGUACUUAUUUAAUUCAUGAAAAUGUUCAUUAUAUUGAUGAUUUUAUUAAUUUAUUAGAAUUAUUUUCAAUUCUAAUAAAUGAACAUAAUUUCUUUUAUCUUUUAAUAGUUAAAUAUAUAGAUCCUAACAGAUAUUUUAAUAACAAAAUAUUCUUAUCAAAAUUGUUAUUAUAUAUAUUAAAUUUAAAUAUGAAAAAUAUUGUUCAUAUACAAAUUUUAUUUGAUUUAUAUCAUAAAUGCACUUUUAAUAUAUUAAAAUAUUUAGAAAUAAAAGAUAUAAAAGAAAUAAAAGACAUUUCGAAAUUCUCUUCAAUAAUUCAACAUAACACAGAUUAUUAUAGUUUUAUACAAAUGUUAAACAUAUCAAUAGAUAAAUUAAACAACUUAAAUUUUAUAUACAUAUUAUGUCAAGAUGAAUAUCAAAGCAAGAUGAAUAAUAGCUCUAAAGAAAAUAUAAAAAAUCUACUCCUUUUUCAUACGCAUUUUUUCUUCUAUUAUUAUUUUUGUAUACUACAACAAAAUAAUUAUGAUAUUAUACAUGAACAAAAAAAUAAAUUCGAUUUAUAUAAGGAAAAUUAUUAUAAUAUAUGUAAUAACAAUAUGAAAAAGAAUACACAGCAAUUUUUUCUCGCUUUAAAAAUCUUGUUUUCUAUAUCAGCCUUUCUUUUUAUGAGAUUUGACUCAUAUGUUGUAACUAAUAUCCUUAACAAAAAUGAAAUAUUAUUUAUUCAGGACUGUCUGAUUUUAUCCCUGUUCAAUUUAAAAUUUAUAAACGAACAUGAAUCCAAGGAUAAUGAAUUAAAUGAAAUGAAAAAAAAAAAAAAAAAAUACUUUUUUCAAGUUUUAAAAUUGAUUUAUUUUAUUAUGUAUUAUCAUCCAUAUUUUAUUUCUCUGCUUAUUUUCCGUUUGAAACAAAUAAAAGAGCAGGAUAAUAACAAUGUUUUCUUUGAUCUUAAUAAAAUAAAGAUGAAGGAAGAACACGUAUCAAUUUGUAAAUUACUAAAUAAUUUUAUUAGUAAUUAUGUAUAG